AAUAUCAUAUAGCUACUCAAAACAAUAGCAUAUACUUAUUUAUUCUCUCUUUCUCUCAGCAAAACAUUUUUCAUUUGCAAAAUGGGAAUCCCUCACUUUCUUGCUAUACCAUUUCCAGUGUUAGGACACAUUAAUCCCCUAACACAAUUCUCUAAUGUUCUAACCAAACAUGGUUGCAAGGUCACUUUCCUACACACUGAGUUCAGCCACAAAAGGGCUAAAAUUGCUGCUGGUUAUGCACAAGACAACAACCUCAAAGGUUGUUCAAACAUAAAUUUUGUGACUCUCCCAGAUGGUUUGGACCCCGAAGAUGAUAGAAGUGAUAUUGUGAAAUUGCUUGUCUCUAUGGAAAGAUCCAUGCCUCUUUUGCUUCCAAAGCUCAUAGAAGAUAUCAAUGCCUUGGAUGUUAAUAAUAAAAUCACUUGCAUUGUUGUCACAAUUAGUAUGGGUUGGGCCCUGCAAGUUGCUCACAAAUUGGGAAUCAAAGGAGCUUUUCUCUUUCCAUUCUCAGCAACUACUUCAGCCUCCCUUUAUUGUAUCCCAAGAUUCAUGCAUGAUGGAAUUAUUGAUUCAGAUGGAAUCCCCACCAAGAAACAAGAAAUUCAACUUUCCCCAAAUAUGCCUAUAAUGGACACAACAAAUUUACCAUGGGUUAGCCUAGGUAAGAUUUUCUUUGAUAAUAUUGUGCAAGAUGUGAUGCAUAAUAUGGAAUUAGCAGAGUGGUGGCUUUGCAAUAGUGCCUAUGAUCUUGAGCCAGGAGCAUUCUCCAUAUCACCAAAGUUUCUACCAAUUGGACCAUUGAUUGAAAGUGACAACAACAACAACAAAAGUUCUUCAUUUUGGCAAGAGGACACAACAUGCUUAGAAUGGUUGGAUCAACAACAACCUCAAUCUGUUGUAUAUAUUUCAUUUGGUAGCUUGGCAGUUAUGGAAUCCAACCAACUCAAAGAACUAGCACUUGCACUUGAUCUCAUUGACAAGCCUUUUCUUUGGGUUCUAAGAACAAGUAAUGAUGAUAACAAGGGAAAUAACACAUACCCAAAUGAAUUUCAUGGAAGUAAAGGUAAAAUUGUUAGUUGGGCACCACAGAAAAAAGUACUGAACCACUCUGCAAUUGCUUGUUUCAUAAGUCAUUGCGGUUGGAAUUCAGUUAUUGAAAGUGUGUCCAGUGGUGUACCAUUCUUGUGUUGUCCAUUUUUCAGUGAUCAAUUUUGGAACAAGUCAUACAUUUGUGAGGUCUGGAAAGUUGGAAUUGGAUUAGACAAAGAUGAAGAUGGAUUCAUAUCAAAGGAAGAGAUAAGGAAGAAGGUUGAGCAAUUGCUUCAAGAUGAAACCAUAAAGGAAAGAUCUUUGAAAUUGAAGCAAGUCAUAAAGAACAACUUAGUUGAAGCUGGCCAGUCUUCAAAAAAUCAUCAAAUGUUUAUCAAUCGGGCAAAAUGAUGAUAAUAUAUACCCUAUUUGAUAUUUGAAUGAAAAAAAAAAGUGACAAAUUAGAAUUACAAUAUUAUUUUCUACUAAUAAUAAUUUUGUUGGCUAUAGCUGAGACAGAAAAAGUUAAAAAUAUUAUCCAUUUAAUUUCGUGCUAAUCACGUAAAGUUUGGAUUACAUAUGAUACACG